GUGACGGCGAGAGGUCCUCCCAUGUGAUGUGACUGAGGCCUGACGGACUGUGCUUGUCUGUUAUGGCUCCUCCUGCUACAGUAGAACGGGGCUAGACGUAACACCAGUGCAGGGGAACGGGAAUAACACACACCGAGAAACGUUUUCCAGGAGCUGCGGCUAAACAUGGCAGAUCGUGCAAUGCUGAAGAAAAAGACAUAGAUGAUGUGCUUGGCGUCGCCUCUUCUGCUGUGAAGGCUUCGACAUUUCCUCAAGAUUAACAACACCCCAAAUGAACUCCGUCAGAGCAAGUAACGUUAGCAGAAGACCUAGGCGAGUAUCGAGGCCGCGCCCGGUGCAGCCGGAGAGGAACCACCAGGAAAGAGAUGAGGACGUUCCUGCAGAUAUGGUCGCAGAAGAAUCCGGUCCAGGAGCUCAGAACAGUCCCUACCAGCUCAGAAGAAAGUCUCUACCCAAGAGAACAGUGUGUCCGACAAAGACAAACAUGGAGGGUGCUUCCACUUCAACCACAGACAACUUUGGACACCGACCUAAGCGUCCCAGAGUUUCAGGAAAGUGUCAGGACUUACCAGCAGCUCCAGCAGAGCAGUAUUUGCAGGAGAAGCUUCCAGACGAGGUGGUGUUAAAGAUCUUCUCGUACCUGUUGGAGCAGGACUUGUGCCGUGCUGCAUGUGUGUGCAAACGUUUCAGUGAGCUGGCCAAUGACCCCAUCCUCUGGAAGAGGCUGUACAUGGAAGUUUUUGAAUACACACGACCCAUGAUGCACCCUGAGGCAGGGAAGUUCUACCAGAUAAACCCAGAAGAGUAUGAGCAGCCAAACCCUUGGAAGGAAAGUUUUCAGCAGCUGUAUAAAGGAGCACAUGUUAAGCCAGGCUUUGCAGAACAUUUCUACAGUAAUCCUGCCAGAUACAAAGGGAGAGAUAACAUGUUUUACUAUGACACCAUUGAAGAUGCUCUCGGAGGGGGUCAGGAGCCUCACUUUGACGGCCUGAUAUUCGUCCACUCUGGCAUUUACACAGAUGAAUGGAUCUAUAUCGAGUCACCUAUCACAAUGAUUGGAGCUGCUCCAGGGAAAGUAGCAGAGAAAGUCAUCAUUGAGAAUACCAGAGAUUCUACAUUUGUAUUCAUGGAAGGCUCAGAAGAUGCUUACGUUGGAUACAUGACCAUUAGGUUCAAUCCUGAUGAUAAGUCCGCCCAGCACCACAAUGCACACCACUGCUUGGAGAUUACAGUCAACUGCAGCCCCAUCAUCGACCACUGCAUCAUACGCAGCACAUGCACAGUGGGCUCUGCUGUCUGUGUCAGCGGCCAGGGUGCUUGUCCCACAAUCAAGCACUGCAACAUCAGUGACUGUGAAAAUGUUGGUCUUUACAUCACUGACCAUGCACAGGGAAUAUACGAAGACAAUGAGAUCUCAAACAACGCUCUGGCUGGGAUCUGGGUGAAAAACCAUGGAAAUCCAAUCAUCAGACGGAAUCACAUCCACCAUGGAAGAGAUGUGGGCGUUUUUACUUUUGACCACGGCAUGGGUUACUUUGAGAGCUGUAACAUCCAUAGGAACCGUAUAGCUGGUUUUGAAGUGAAGGCGUAUGCCAAUCCUACAGUGGUUCGUUGCGAGAUCCAUCAUGGUCAGACGGGGGGCAUCUAUGUGCACGAAAAGGGCCGUGGACAGUUCAUCGAAAACAAGAUCUAUGCAAAUAACUUUGCUGGAGUGUGGAUCACGUCUAACAGUGACCCCACAAUAAGGGGCAAUGCCAUUUUUAAUGGCAAUCAAGGUGGCGUUUACAUUUUUGGUGAUGGCCGAGGCCUCAUUGAAGGAAACGACAUCUACGGUAACGCCCUGGCAGGAAUCCAGAUCCGGACGAACAGCUGCCCCAUUGUCAGACACAACAAGAUCCAUGAUGGCCAGCAUGGUGGCAUAUAUGUGCAUGAAAAAGGACAAGGCGUCAUAGAGGAGAACGAGGUGUACAGCAACACGCUGGCAGGAGUGUGGGUGACAACAGGCAGCACGCCAGUACUGAGGAGGAACAGGAUACACAGCGGGAAGCAGGUUGGGGUCUACUUUUACGACAACGGCCACGGUGUCCUGGAGGACAAUGAUAUCUACAAUCACAUGUACUCGGGAGUUCAAAUUAGGACUGGCAGCAAUCCCAAGAUCAGACGAAACAAGAUCUGGGGAGGCCAGAAUGGAGGCAUUUUGGUUUACAACUCAGGCUUAGGCUUUAUCGAGGACAAUGAGAUCUUUGACAAUGCUAUGGCAGGAGUGUGGAUCAAGACAGACAGCAACCCCACUCUGCGGAGGAAUAAGAUCCAUGAUGGGAGAGAUGGUGGGAUCUGUAUAUUCAAUGGAGGAAGAGGUUUGUUAGAGGAAAAUGACAUCUUCAGAAAUGCCCAAGCAGGAGUCCUCAUUAGCACCAACAGCCACCCCGUCCUGCGGAAAAACAGGAUAUUUGACGGCUUUGCUGCAGGUAUUGAGAUCACCAAUCAUGCCACAGCAACCCUAGAGGGCAAUCAGAUCUUCAACAAUCGCUUUGGGGGAUUGUUUCUUGCAUCUGGUGUCAAUGUUACGAUGAAAGAUAAUAAAAUAAUGAACAAUCAAGAUGCCAUUGAAAAGGCUGUGAGCAGAGGUCAGUGCCUGUACAAGAUUUCAAGUUACACCAGCUACCCAAUGCACGAUUUUUACAGGUGUCACACCUGUAACACAACAGACCGUAACGCCAUCUGCGUGAACUGCAUCAAGAAGUGUCACCAGGGACAUGAUGUGGAGUUCAUCAGACAUGAUAGAUUCUUCUGUGACUGUGGUGCAGGGACGCUGUCAAAUCCUUGCACGUUAGCUGGGGAGCCAACUCACGACACAGACACACUGUAUGACUCAGCUCCUCCUAUAGAGUCCAAUACACUGCAGCACAACUGAGCUCAAGACAUGAGGUCCUUUUGCGCUGCGGCAGUAACGGACAUAAGACACUUUAAGUUGUGCAGUGGAGGAGGAAAUCCAAACUAAAAUACAGAUUCACUUUGACAGAGCAUAUACAGUGACUUUAAAAAAAAGACUUGGGACAUGAAUAUGCGAAAAGGAGACAUUUAGGGAAAAAAAAGUCUGAUUAUGGAUGCCUCGCUUUUUCUUUUUCUUCAGUUAUUUGACAGAAAAGAUGACAUCAGUGGGACAGAAGAGCAGCUGACUCAGGGUUUGUGGGUGUGUUGGUUCAGCCAAGUAAGAGAAACCGAUGAGAGAAGGACAAAAAGCCACAGAGGCUCUGGCCUGUACUACGAAGCAAGGGUAUUGGCUUAUCAUGGUAGAUUAACCUGUACUACAAAAGGCGGAUAGGUUUUACCCGGGGUCUGUUGCUAUGGUAAUUUACGCUGCGUCUCUAAAAUACUCUGUGGUUGACAUGUUAUCCUAUUUAAGUACUGCCCAGAAUCAAUUGAUAUUGGCACAACUGACACAGGCUGACUCCGCAGGACGGGGUUGUCUUAAGACUGUCAGUUUAAAAAAACAAAACUUUUAAAAUGCAUAUAUUUAUUUCCAUGCAUUCUCCCUUUCCUAAAAUGAAAAAAGGUAGGCAGUGGAUGGUAGAGAUAUGUGGAUAAAAGGUGUUUUUUAUGCUCCAGUUUUUCAAUUUCCAGUUUCAGUUAUUCAAAUAUGUAACUUUUUUUUCUCACAGUCAAACGUUUACAAAGCAAAACACACUGAAAAAAUACAACAGAUUUUAGCAUUAUUAGUGUUUCAUAUUAUCAAUAUGAAUAAUCCUGCAACUACAUAGCAUUACAUUCAUACAGUACAACCUGAGUGUUCUAGGCAGAACAUUAACAGUGAGUAACAGGUCAUUUUCAGAAAUGUGAACCACGUGUUGACUAUUAUUCAGGUAGCCUAAUAAAUCUCACAUAUUUUGCGUGUCUUUACAUCUUUGUCGACAGACGCAGUUUUACAUUUUACACUUUGAAUCCCUCAUAAACCGACAGAAUUAACACGCUCUUUAUCUGAGAAAUAUGGUGCACGCCUGUUUUAUGCACAUGCACAAACUCCAAUUAACUCAAUUUACUGACAUCUUGCCCAUCGUCGCAGUACCGUUUAACACAGAUCAAGGCAGCCAGGGUCUGUCAACCCUGACUUCCCUUGAUAACCCUGGGUUAAAUCAGAGUUGGUUAAACCCCCUUCGUAGUACAGGCCUCUUGUCUGCUUUUGAGAAGUGGAAGAAUGAGAUACUGCAGUCAUGUACAACCCCGUCGUGGACAGACGCUCUGUCAGAAGAGGCACAACUUUUCUCACGAGGAGGCAGAAAGGCCCUAAAUACAACAAUGCUUCCAUCACUGGGCAACCGACGUGCUCGUAUAAUAUAUACGGGAAAAAUGACCUAGCACUUCAGCUUUUUUUUCCCCUCAAGACAACUGUUGAGAUUUGAUUUUAAUGCUUUUUGUGUAGUUUUGUAUUUUCAUGCAAAAAUCUUACUGUACUUGAAUGUCUUUAUUUUAUUAAAUGUGUUAAUUUUUUUGGUUAUUAUACCCUAGAAUUGCUGUAAUUAUACUCAUGUCGCAGUAUCUAACUUCUUUCUGUGAAAGAGAUCAGAGAAAAGAGAGGAAAACACUAAACAUUUUCUCCAGCAACGUUGACUCAUUUACAUUUGCAAUACAGAAAAACAGAUGCUGAGAUGUGCUUCCACAAGACUUUGAUAGCAUCAUGUUUGUCUUUGUACAGGAGCUGAACAGUUGUUAUAUUUCAGUCUGUUUGACGUUAUCUAUGCAUAUUUUCUGUUUGUCAUGCAAGACCCAAUUUACCAAUUUAAGGUAGAAUGAGAAAGCAAUGAGGAUAAAUUAAGCAUUUUUACUCCAAGCUUCAGUUGUGUAACAAUUUGUAGUGUAGUUUCUAAUUAAGAUACAGCCUCCUAUUUACUUCUUUACUAAAUAAAACACAUUGCUGGUUGUGGUCAGGGUAUUAUGCAUCUGUUACUAAAUUAUCUAAGGUCAUCUGGAUGGUUGUACCCUCUGUAAUUGAUAUAUUAGUUGAAUAGAUUAAAUAAUCUAUAGACAUCUUACCCUGUAUUAAAAUCAACAAACAGACACAAAUGUUGCCUGGCUUGUUAAGCUAUACAGUUUCUUUUAUAUGUAUGACAUUUUAUUUUUACUUUGAUAAGGGCCAAGUAAAAAAAAAAAGAGACAAGUCUUGUGAAAGCACAGCUAAUUUUGAUGUGUUCUUUCCCUUGUUUGGCAAUGUUGCUGGAGAAUUUAAAAGGCUUUUACUCUACUGAAGCUGAGACAAGUAUCUAUAUACAGCGCUAUAUGGUUUCAUUGCCCCCAGCCCUCCCCCUCCCCAUUCAUGUGUACUGGUGAUUGUGGGUUCUCAUACAGACUGAAAUGUAUGCAUGUAUCAUAACAUCUAGACUUAAUAUAUUGUGAAGUAUUCAAUAACCGUUAUGUAGGCGCUAGCGUGAAUUAAAAGGGUUUAAUUUCCUAGAUGAAACAUUGUCAUUUUUUAAAAAUAAACUUUAUUAGAUCA